AUGCUCCUUGACCAGCAGGUGGACGUCAAGGACGAAGAUGGGCGCACAGCACUUCAUUGGGCAUGUGUUCACGGCAACCCAGCACUCUGCCGCUUGUUGCUAGACCAUGGCGCAGACGCAGAUGCACAGGACGAGGGAGGAUGGACGCCCAUCAUGAUUGCUAUUGCGGCCAAGCACCAGCAAGUCUCAGAGAUGCUUUUCGCGGUGCCAGUGGACAUCUCGCAAAUCAACCGUGGUGGACAGACGCUGCUGCAUCCAGCGUGCAGUAAGCAGCUCAUUUGGGCAGUCGAUACGCUCCUUGCGAGUGAUGCAGGGAAGAAGCUUGUCAGGAUCAAGGAUAGGCAGGGACAGUUGCCGCUACACAGAGCUGCAGCAGUGGGCUCACUUGCUAUAGUCCAACGACUUGUGGCGAAUGGCUCACCAAUGAGUACGAGCGACGCUGGUGGCUGGACGCCGAUGCAUCAUGCGUGUGCAGAGGGACAUGCAGAUGUUGCGCAAUUCCUGGUGGAUCAAGGGGCAGACGCAGACAAGCUCGAUGCAGAUGGCAAGACACCGCUACAAUUGGGUGAUGACAAGAUGAGGAAGUUCUUGGCGGCAUGA